AAAAAAAUAAGACACCCCCAAAAAUAAGCCAUAGGCUUAUUUUCUUGAGUAAAAUAAAUAUAAGACGGUGUCUUAUUUUAUGAGAAACACGGUAGUAGUGGGUCUGUGCCUGAAGGUGGCUGUUGAAGGGUUUGGAGGCUGCUGGAUUUGGAUGUUCUACUCUCCGACAGCUUCUCCAGGAGUAGAGAACUUAAGAGCUGGGGAACAAUGCUUGAAGAGAUGUCAGGGUUGGUUGGGAUGUGAGGGUUAGGUCUCUGUGGACAGCGUGGAGAGGGUGCUUUCUUGGGGAGGAGGCAAGGCUUCUGGAAUGGAUGAGAACAGUUGGAUGGGUUACUGUAAUGGCUCAUACUUUCCCACUUUUAAAACCUACCCCUCCCUUCUCUCUUAGUCUAAGUCUUCCAACUGUGAGAGCUUUAUUUGGAAAUUCUUUUCAAAUUAAAUAUUGAAAUACCAGUAUUUGGGGACAGAAUUGGACAAGAACUUCUGCAAAACAUUAUUUCCUCCAGGGUGAAAAGUGCACCUGGCUGGGCUGGAACUUGAUUGACUCCAAGUUUCCUACCCAAGUUUUAUGGAGACUAAAUAAGACUGAAAUACUUGCUGUCCUCCCCUAACUUCAUUGAAAAGAUGCACAAUGUCUGCUUUCCUGAUGACAUUUUCUGCUAUGCUUCCAGAUGUGAAUGGAGCUUUGUUUAUCUCUGGAAAUCUACUCAUCUGUUAAAUGAAAAGGGCAGCACAACUUCGCAGCGGCACAAUGGGCUUCAGAAGUGUUCCACUUUAGUUCAAUAGAUGGUGGAUAUGUCCCGUGACUAAUGGAAUCUUUCUGCAGCAGCAUUAGGUGAGAUGCCUGAAGCCAAGGUCACCACUAUGGUGCAAAGGCCUCCUAUAGAAGGCGGAAUUUCAGAAGUUGAAAUAAUAUCUCAGCAAAUAGAAGAAGAGACCAAAAGUAUACCGCCUGUACAGCUUGUUAAUUUUGCUUAUCGGGAUUUACCACUAGCUGCACUAGAUCUGUCUGUAGCAGGUUCCCAACUCUUGUCAAAUUUGGACGAGGAGUACCAAAGAGAAGGAUCUAACUGGCUUAAACCGUGCUGUGGGAGGCGAGCUGCUGUGUGGCAGGUAUUUUUGCUCAGUGCAAGUCUCAACAGUUUCCUGGUAGCCUGUGUGGUAUUGGUGGUGAUCUUGCUGACUCUGGAACUCCUAAUAGAUAUAAAGCUUCUCCAGUUUUCGAAUGCAUCACAGUUUGCUGGAGUUAUUCACUGGAUCAGUCUAGUUAUCCUCUCUGUGUUCUUUUCAGAGACUGUUUUGAGAAUUGUGGUUCUUGGCAUAUGGGACUACAUUGAAAAUAAAAUAGAGGUGUUUGAUGGUGCUGUGAUCAUCUUAUCCUUGGCUCCAAUGGUGGCUUCUACUGUGGCGAAUGGACCAAGCAGUCCUUGGGAUGCUAUUAGCCUUAUUAUCACACUGAGAAUUUGGAGAGUGAAGAGAAUUAUUGAUGCCUACGUAUUACCAGUUAAGGUGGAAAUGGAGAUGGUGAUUCAACAGUAUGAGAAGGCAAAGGUCAUUCAAGAUGAGCAGCUGGAAAGACUAACCCAAAUCUGCCAGGAGCAGGGAUUUGAAAUUAGGCAGCUGCGGGCUCACCUGGCUCAGCAAGAUCUGGACCUUGCUGCUGAGAGGGAGGCUGCAUUGCAGGUCCCACACAUGCUGAACAAGCAGAGCAGUAACCGGUACAAAGUUGUGGCAGCUGGAGGGGAUUCCGACGACGAGGCAACUGAAAAUAUCUCAGAAUUGCGGCCACCUCGGGAGACCAUGGUCAAAGACGAUAUGAACAACUACAUCAGUCAGUACUACAAUGAGCCCAGUAGUGACAGCGGUGUUCCAGAAGGAGCCAUCUGUGUCAUUACGACGGCUGCGAUUGAUGUGCACCACCCCAACAUCUCCCCCGACCUCUUCACGGUGGAUGUGCCCAUGAAGAUGAUGGGGAGCAACGGGACUUCCACCAGCGUUGCCUCAGGCAGUGCCUCCAGGUCCACAGACAGCUCCGUCACCAGAACCCAGAGUGACAGCAGCCAGACCUUUGGCUCUUCCACGGACUGCAGUACGACCCGGGAGGAGUCCUCCGAGUAUUGCCCCUUGGAGAGGGCUUGCCAUGUAGCCAAACAUGAUCAGGUAGAUUCUUCCUCCACCCACAGCAGAGUCAACAAUGCUGUGGUGCAAGAACUGCUGUCAUCCUUGUCCGACGAUUCCUGCUUGACGCAAAAAGGACUGGAUCCGGUCAACCUGAAACUGCCAAGCCCAUCAGGGUCUACCAAAGCCAGCCCAGAACUGGAGCACCGAGUGAACAUUUACAACAGGAAGAACCAAGAAAGCUUUGGUAUGUUUCAGAUAAAGCCGGUAAUCCACUUUCAGCAGAAUACUACGCCUGUGAUCGACAAGUAUAUGCCUUUGGAAUCCAAAGAGCAAAAGUUAAACAGGGUCCCAGAUUCAUAGAAUCCCCAAAUCCCAGAUUUUGCUGCCAUUGGGGUUAUAAAUAAAUAAAGGAGAUGCUUUGCAAGGGACACAUACUAAAGCUUUAAAUGGGGCUGCUGGAGCCAACCCCUGGGUGGGUAUUUUGCAUGGAUUGGAAUGAGUUAAAUAUUCUUUUAAACAGGAAACAAAAUGCAUGAGUUGUGAGAGAGCCAGCACGGAAAACUUGACAUUUCUACCACCUGAAGUCCCAGUUGAAGGGAUGGGGGCAGAGACCCAUUAUGUUAAAACAAUGACCUCAAAGCUGUAUAGAUUCUUAAUGCGUUGUGUUUUUUUUAAAGAAGCAGACACAAAUCACACAGUUUUUAAGGAAUUCUGGACAAUCUUCUAUCAGGUCAGGUUUCAGCAGGGUAUGAUACAAGCGGAUGUAAACUUCUCUCCUACUCUUUCUUACAAUCUCCCUUUAUAUGUGACAACUGCAAACCCCUUUGUAUAAAUAUGGCAAAUAUUUUUGUUCUUCCUGAGGAGAAAACAAAACCAUUUUUUCAGGGAGUACUUUGAAUGAUGCAGAACAAAGAAAUUUUAAAAAAGUGAUCUUUUUAUUUUUAGCAUGAACUUUGGGAAGAAAAUAUUUUGACAAAAUUAAAAGUUGUCAUCUCGAAGACAACAGAGUAAAAACGGACAUUUUACAAAUAUGGUUUUAAUUAAAAAGAAUUUUUUAUAUUAAAAAAUCCUAAAUGCAUGAUGCUUCAUUUUUUAAAAAAUACUUUGAGCCUACU